UUUUAGUUUUGUACAUGAAACUCAUGAUUCCUAUAGUUAAUUUCUAAAAGGAGAGAAUCUUUAUCUGGUGGCUGGGUAACUAAAAGGUGCUUCAGACAUAGCACUUAGCAGCUGUUACCUCAGCUUUUAUUUAAGCAGGAACAUGAUAAACUUAUGAGUGCAUUCUUCCUUCUUGAGUGAUAGGGUUUGGAACUAGAUGAUCUUAAGGUCCUUUCCAACCCUAACUAUUCUGUGAUUCUGUGGUUCUAUGAAAACUGAGUCCAUUUGGUUCAUAAACAAACACAUGGGAACUGGAAACUCCUUAGAACCUUUUCUAGGUUUUCUUUAAUUUUUUUUCUACUGUUAGACCGAAUUCUGUAUUAAUGGUUUUAUUAGCAUCAUUUUUCCUUAAUGACAUAAGGGAGCAAGGCACUCAGUUCAGCUAGACAGAAUCAUAGAAUCAUAGAAUGCAACUAGGUUGGAAAAGACUUUUAAGAUCAUCAGUCCAACCAGAUGCCUGACAUCCUUGACAUCUGGUUGAAAACCCACAUUAAAGAUGUACCUGCUCAUUGCAGGGGGGUUGAACUAGAUGACCUUUGAAGGUCCCUUCCAACCAAACUAUUCUGUGAUUCUGUGAUCUUCAUUUCUUACAGACCUAUACAAGAAAAGCAGGGUUAAGAGCAUGGCCUGAUGCUGAUACCUCCAGGUAUCUGAACAGCAUCUACUUCUCUGGUGCUCAGUCUCUGUGUCAGAAUCUGGCCCUGAAUAAUUGUAUCCAAAUACAAGGAAAAUAGCUGUGCUCCUAACGAGUAGCAUGCGAGGGUUUCCAGAUUCACUUAAUCACUCCAAAAUCCAAUCUCAUCAUUAUUGAUCUGUCCAACUCUCUGAUAAUUUAUCUCAGACAACAGGAGCGUGCAUGGACAUCUUUAAAGCGACGAUCUCAGAACUCCCAGCGCCACUGUCUUGCUUUGCCUUUGCAAACCUCGAUAACUUUCCUCUGAAUUUCAGGUCAGGUCGUGGCUCUGGCGAGCGGCGAUGGAUCUGUUAAGGUUCUGCAAGUUGCGUCUGGGCAGCAAUCCAGCCUGCGGGGCCACAGCGGCGAAGUGCACAGCGUUGGCUUCCAUCACCGGGCAGAGCUGCUGCUCUCCGGGGGUGCCGACGGUAAGGUUUGUCUCUGGAAAUGAGGACCAGGACGCUGCUGAACCUGACCGUAAUCUCAUGGGAAAAAAAGGGUUUGACAAGAGAGCAGUGAGGGCUUAGUAAAGUGUUUUCAUAGUUAAUGUUUGCAGUGGGAAUAACAGCCCGAAAGGAGUAUUAUUCUGCAUUUUAUCCAAAUAAAAACCCCAAUUUCUCCCUCUUUCUGUUGACACUCUGUUUUUUCCGAACAUCAAGACUCUUUCGGUCCUUUCUGGAGAAACAGCUUUACAAUGACGCCUAAUGACAGAGCAGCUGAACUGCAAGGAGAUUGAUUUUUAAUGUAGCACCACACGCCACACCAGAGCCGGGCGCCCCUUCCGCGGUGCCAGCCACGGGGAAGAUGUGAAGUUUUAAUCAUGCAGCCGGGGCGGGGGUGCGGUGCUCCCCCCGCAGCAGACGCUCCGGACGCCGCCAGCAAGGAGCAGGACUUGGGGCGAGCGGCGGCGGGGAGCGGCGGCGGGGAGCGGCGGCAACACCGCCGCCCGCCCGCGGGCACAGUGGCCAUGGCGCGCCCGCGGGCCUGAGCGCUCCGCAGACGGAUUUAUUUAUGUUUUCCUCCCCUCUUCCUUCUUUUUUUUUUUUUUCCUCUCUUCUUUUCCGCCCAAAAUUAUAAUUAAUUACAAUAGCAAGAGGCGGGAGCGCGGAGCGGCGCGGCCCGCCGCGGGCAUGCCCGGCCCCCGGCUCGGGGAGUCCCCGCAGGGGAGCGGGGGCUGCCCGCCCGCCGGCCGCGGGGCUCCUCCGCCCUCCCUCCGCCGCCUGCCCACAGCAUAACCAGCCCCCUUUCCCCCCCUUUCUCUCCCUCGCCGUGGCAAAUCUUGGAGCGCAAGAGAUCCGCUGGGCAUAGGGAGGGGAUAUAUAGAUGUAUAUAGGGUGUUUUUUUUCUCGUCCCCCCCACCCCCGCGGUCCUUCCCCCUCUCCAAGACCUGAGGAAAUCCAGCCCAAGUUCGCCGCGAUGACUGCGCUGUUGGCAUCGGGGUUUCUCCGCGGCAUCCCAGCCUCUGGACCGCCUUGCCGCUGCUCGCUUUGAAUCCUGAACACUGGGUUAAAGCUUAAUUCUCAUGUUGUGGUUGCUGGGCUGCCGCUUUCCCGUGUUUUGCGAUGGGAGGUGGAGGAAAAGGUCUUGUCCGUGAGUCAACACUGAAAAUGUGAUUAGGAGGAACUGCUUUCACUAAUCUGUUUCUAACCUUUUAGUCCAUGUUGGCCUGUGACCCCUUUCAGCUUUCAGAUCGAGCCUGAUUAGACCACAACACUGGUCUCCCUAUGGAAGCAGCUGUUUCCAUCUGGCAUUGAGAUCCCAUGGAGAAGCUGAGGAGGGGGAUGGCUCCUCAUAUCCAUGAUGCCUGGAUGCUUCUUUUUGUAAUCCCUGCUUUGGUCACUCCAGCUGCCAUCAAUCAUGAAGACUACCCUGCUGAUGAAGGGGACCAGACCUCCAGCAAUGACAAUCUGAUCUUUGAUGACUACCGAGGGAAGGGCUGUGUGGAUGACAGUGGCUUUGUGUACAAACUGGGAGAACGUUUUUUCCCGGGACAUUCCAACUGUCCCUGUGUCUGUACUGAGGAUGGACCUGUUUGUGAUCAACCAGAAUGCCCUAAAAUCCACCCAAAGUGUACAAAAGUGGAACACAACGGAUGCUGUCCAGAAUGCAAAGAAGUGAGAAACUUUUGUGAAUAUCAUGGGAAAAAUUACAAAAUCUUGGAGGAAUUUAAGCCCUCGCCAUGCGAAUGGUGUCGCUGCGAGCCCAGCAAUGAAGUUCACUGUGUUGUAGCAGACUGCGCAGUUCCCGAGUGUGUCAACCCAGUCUAUGAACCAGAACAGUGUUGUCCUGUCUGCAAAAAUGGUCCAAACUGCUUUGCAGGAACCACAAUAAUUCCUGCCGGCAUCGAGGUGAAGGUGGACGACUGCAACAUCUGCCACUGCCACAACGGGGACUGGUGGAAGCCGGCGCAGUGCUCCAAGCGUGAGUGCCAGGGCAAGCAGGCUCUGUAGCGGCAAAUCCCCUGCCAGUGGCACUGCUGGGCAAGCAACCCCCUGAUGAUGAUGAUGACGAUGAUGAUGACAAAGGAACGUCUUUGAUGCUGCACAUGCAUCUGACCUCUCGCCAGCUGGAACAGGGUCACCAGCAAAACCUGCAAGAGUUUCACACAAGCAGAGGUUUUUACUUGUGGAGAAGGGUCUCCCUUUCUCCCCUGUCCUGCUCCUCUCCCGCUUUACACACUAUGUAUCCGGUAUCUAGGUAUCUACUCUGCUUUUGUAAUUAUCAGUGCUUCACAGGGAUGCGGUGGUCAGAUUUGGGGAGGAAAAAAACCAAAACAGCCCAUGUAAGUUCUCAGACUGGUGACGCCUCCGAUUGAGUCACUGCUCUCACUGUCUACAAUGUGGAUCCUGGGGGGUUUCACAUUUAUUUAUUGAAGGGUUAUUUUGCUAAUGUGUUUUUUUUUAAAGCCCCUUCCUAAGCUGGGGUUGUCGGGGCAAUACAGCUCUGAGUCAAGUGAUGGAUCAUUUUUAUUGUGUCUAUAAUGAGGGGGUCGUUAAGGACAGGAGGGACGGGGAAGAAGGGGUUAAAACAGAACCCUGACUGGAAUGUAACCUGCAGAAGGACCAUGGUAGAUGCACAGGUAUACCACCGGACACCCAAGACAUAAGCUGUAUCUGUGUUACACUUUCUCCACUGAGUGGGGACAAUAAAGUCAAAAAGACACCUACACAGUCACCGUGACCUUGACCGGACAACAAGCCAACACCGGCUGCGCAGGCCGGGCAGGGGCGGCAAGCCAGGACAGGCUGGAAAGGCACCAAGAAAGCAACGUCUUACCUGGGUUGUCUCUGCGGCUGGGGCGUCAGUGGUGGAGCAGAGGGAGGAGGGUCCCAUCCGUGCCACAGCUUCACCAGCUCUUGGGCUGAGCCUUGCUCCAUCCCUGUUUUGCUGGCGCUUGGGGCUGCUUUCGCUGGAGCCAAGGGCAUCAUUUCCGUGACUUCAGCGACAGUGGGACUUGGGCACCACAAGUCAGAAUUAAAACAUCUGAUCUCCUCGCCCUGCCCAUCGCCCUUUUAGGGAGCUUUCCAGAAAUGUCCCAUCACUGCACCAGAGGGUGAGACCUGAGGGAGCUGCCCUCCUCUCCCCCAGUUCCAGGAGCAUCCGUUCUGCUGUGGAUAAAGCAAGCCAGGGUGCAUGGGGACAGGCUGGCUGCAUCCGCAGGAAUCAUCUCCCAGGGAAAGGUCUCUUUAGAAAGCAGCUACAUGCCUGCCUGUGGGAAGGAGAGGUCCCCACAGUCCCCACCAGCAGCCGAGGGGCCCCUUCAGGCUUUUUGGCACUGACACCUUUUGCUUUCUCAGGCUGCAGCUUCCAAGCGAUACUGUGAGAGAAAAGCCACCAAUGUAAUUUCCCUGCUCCACAAGCCUUUCCCGUCACCGUCCACGCUUGGUUUGCUGCAUUUUGGCCAUGGCCAUGAGGGUGAUGGUGCUUAUUUUGUUCAGACUUCAGUCCAGCACCUGCGCUUAGCAGCGACGGCAGCAAAUCCUCCUCACAGCGUCCUCCACCGAAGCGGAUCGGCACAGUCAGGCUCUGUCUAUUAUUAUGCACACUGCUGCCUUGGUAUUUUUGAUUUCUUCUCCAUUUUUGUGUUCUACCAGAGGGCGUGGGGUAGGAGGAGCACUGGUGAGUGCAGCCAUCACUGUACUUCAGGCUGAGCACUGACUUCCCGCGAGUGGAACUGGUACCAUUAAAGAUGUCAUCGCCACAUUUCUUUGUCAGUUGUUGCCUGUCAAUGACUACCCUGUUUCAAACUUUUCAAACAAUAGUGUGCCUGAAACUAGUGAGAAAAGAAAAAAUAACCUGUAAAAACUUGGGAGUGGGGUGUCUAGAAACAAUAUUUGAUGUGUAAAAGACUAUAUUAUUAAAAAAUUAUUUUGUUAAACAUAAA